UCACGAGCGUGGUCACACUGAUCGCUGAUAGUUAAAAAAUAUAAGCGAACGCGAAACUAGUAAAGCAAUGAAAGUGUGACAAAAAACUAAGUUUAUUCAAAAAUAAAAUAACUCAAAACUUGCUUUUGCAUGUACAUGACUCUCUGUCUGUGAUUUGCCCUCAAGGCCCGGUAGAAAAUAACAUAAACAAAUGUGAGAAGUGAAGUCACAAGACGACGACGCCAGCAGAAGCACUCAAGAAUUUGCCGUCGUCGCCCAGGCAAUUAUGGGUACAAAAGAAUCCAAACAUGCUUGCAUCAGUUACGAGGAUGCAGUCAAACGUGUUAGCGACGCCGAGUUGCGACGCCUUAAAGAUGCCUUCAAGAAAUCAGCUGGCGUGGGGCGACUCUAUCUCAGUCGCAAUGCAUUCCAGCAGGACGUGCUGUGUGAGGGGGUGCCGCCCAAGAUUACGGACAUGCUUUAUGCCGCCUGUGGUGGCACACAGCGCGGCAUAUCCUUCAAGGACCUACUGUGCGGCCUGGUGCUGAUCACACGCGGCACACAGGAGGAGAAAACCAAAUUUCUGUGGAACCUGUACUGCAAUGACGCUGGCACCUACAUCAUCAAAUCCGAUUACGUGCGCAAUGUGAGCCUAGCUCCAUUCGAGAGCGUCUCCUUGUUUGCCCAAAGCGAACGCGUCAACUUUGAGCAGUUCCAGGACUGGAUAGUCAAGCAUCGCAAUGCAACGGUGCUGUCCAAGUGGCUGUUAGCUGACAAUUGUGUCAGUCUCACCUCGGAGCUGGAGACGCCCACCUUCUAUCAGAGUUUGGCCGGUGUUACGCAUCUUGAAGAAAAGGAUAUUGGCGACUUGGAGAAGGAGUUCUGGCGCUUGAAGAACACCUCACAGAAUGGCCAAAUCGAUUUACAAUUUUUGGGACCACUUAUCAGUCCACCCAUACCAAAGAACGCGCUGGCCGGUCUAUUUAAUGCCUUCGACGAGAAUCGUGAUGGUCACAUUGAUUUUAAGGAGCUUUGCUGUGGCGUCAGUGCCGCCUGUCGUGGACCCGGCGUAGAGCGCACGCGCUUCUGUUUUAAGAUCUUUGACGUGGAUCGGGAUGGUGUGCUCAGUCACGAGGAGACGCUGCAAAUGAUCAACGUGCUGCUGUUUGUAGCCAAGGAAAAUCGCGAUGCGCAGCAAUUUAAGGAUCUGACCAAGCAGCAUGUGAUCAGUGAUCUGCUUGAGUUUGCCCAGCGCAGGAGUCCCGACGGCGUGCCUAGUACGCUCACACGAGACAAUGUCUCGCUAACAGCGGAGGAUUUUAUGCUGUGGAAUGUGCAGUGCGGCCUAAGGCUGAUGCAACCGCUUUUGGACCUUAUUUUUGAGCUGUGCCACAUAGUGUUUGGCCUGUGGCCGCAAUGCAAGCACAUGGAGUUCGAUAUUGUGCGCGGCUGGUUGCAGCGCGAGGAGCGACGUCCCUAUCGAGUUGGCCAGUUCUGGUAUCUAAUUUCCCGUGACUGGUGGCUCACUUGGAUGCAGUACACGCAACACACCUCGCAUACCUGCGACUACUGCAAGCGCACCGCCAGCCAGCGCAGUGCGGUCGAUGAGGCGCUCGUCUGUGAUGAGAGCUUCAACACGCACAGCCUGGAGCAACACGAUAGCUAUUCACUGGGCUCCGUAUCCGGCAGCAGCGGCAUCUCUGCCGGCCGCCACUGCGGCCAACAGCGUCCGGGUCCUAUUGACAAUAGCAAUCUGAUUACCACCAAUCCCUAUCGCAAUGUUCGCACUCUUACCGGAGAGGGCGGUCAUCUGAAGCGUGAUACGCCACUUGUACAGAAUCACGACUUUGAGCUGGUGCCCAAAUCGCUGUGGAAAGCGAUCAAUCGUUGGUAUGGCGACAAUCUUCCUCUGCCACGACAGGUGAUACAACCGCCCAACUCGGAGGUAGAGCUGGAGCUGUAUCCGCUUAACUUGCGCAUACUGCUGCAUCAGGUGCAGACGCCCACGAUCAGUGGAGCCAACACACAAAUCACCAACUGGGGCUCAACAGUCAGCGGUGGAUAUGGCGUUCUGGCCUCUGGCGGCGGCUAUGCGGCCAUUGCGGCCAGCAGUGUACUGCAACCGCCCAAGCGUUAUUUGGCGUACACGGCUGCGUUUAGUCGGCUGGCCACAGUACGACAGGUGGGAGACUUUCUGUGCGAGCAACUGCGCCUUAAGCCGGAGGAUAUACGGCUGUGGCAUGUGCCGCCGUCGAGCGCAACGCUGGAUAAUAGUGCCAUACUUUUGGAGGAGGAUACCAUGUGCCUAAAGGAGCUUCUGAUACGCGACAACGAUCAGUUGCUGCUAGAGAUACGCAACAAAGAUCUUACUUGGCCCGAGGAGCUCAGCUCGCUGGCCAGCACGCAAAGCGGUCAAGCUGGUGCCGGACCUGGUGAUAGGCGCCGUCUAACGCGCACCUCCAUCAUGUCCGUCCACGCACCAGGCGCCACUGGGCUCCAUAAUCUGGGCAACACCUGUUUCAUGAACGCAGCACUCCAAGUGCUCUUCAAUACGCAACCGCUGGCGCAGUACUUUCAUCGUCAGAUGCAUCGCUUCGAAUUGAAUGCGGCCAAUAAGCUCGGCACACGCGGUCAGCUUGCCAUACGCUAUGCGGAGCUGCUCAAGGAAGUGUGGACGGCUACGACUCGCUCCGUGGCGCCGCUAAAGCUGCGCUUCUGUGUAAACAAACAUGCGCCACAAUUUGCCGGCGGUGGACAGCACGAUUCGCAGGAGCUGCUUGAAUGGCUGCUCGACGCACUGCAUGAGGACCUCAAUCGUGUGAUGGAAAAACCCUAUAGCGAACUCAAGGACUCCAAUGGGCGACCCGACAAGAUUGUUGCUGCCGAGGCUUGGUCCCAGCAUCAUGCACGCAAUCAAUCCAUAAUCAUAGAUCUGUUCUAUGGCCAGCUUAAGUCGAAGGUCAGUUGCCUGUGCUGUGGGCACGAGUCUGUGCGUUUCGACCCGUUUAGUUUGCUCAGCCUGCCACUGCCUGUGGAGAAUUAUGUGUAUCUGGAGGUGCUGGUGAUUCUGUUGGAUGGCAGUGUGCCGAUUAAAUAUGGUCUGCGGCUAAACUCGGAAUGCAAAUACGGUGAUCUGAAGCAUAAGCUGGCCACGCUGUGUCCGCUGCAGCCAAGCCUUAUGCUGGUGUGUGAGCUGUGGAAUUCGCAAAUACGCCAGGUGCUCGCUGAUGAGGAAAAGCUGCGCACGCAAAGCUCCAAGGAUCUGUAUGUGUAUCAGCUGCCCGAGCAAAGCAACUCCAGAACGCGCUCAAAUUCGGCACUCAGCAUGCACAUCGAGCAGGGCCUCAAGGACAUACAGCGCAGCUCUGCGCUCAUCACGACACAGGACUCACUCUCAUCGCUUAGCACACUCCAGACCUCAAAUCGUACAUCGUCGUCGCGUGUGAUCUGCAAUGGCCAUCUCAGUGAUGGGCAGGAGGCGGCUGGCAUCGAUGGAGACCAUGAGUUAACCAAAUACAAAAACAACAACAUUGGCAGCAGCGUUGGCCAAGUGCACGAACUGCAGCCAGAUGAUGCCGGAAAGGUAAGCCGGUGCUUUGGAAAGAGAGAGUGCAUGCCCCACAGUCUUUUUUGCUUCAAGGAGUCGCUGAUCCUGAGCUGCAGCCCGGAUAACAACUUUAUGGACGACGCGGCUGCACAACAGAAGCGCAUCUCAUCCACCAAGCUGCUGCACACGGAGAGCAACACCAGUUCGGCAUCGUAUACGAAUCACUCUGGCGAGAACUCAAUGGAGAGUUCGCUAACGGAGCCAAUGCCGGUGGCGGAGCUGGCUGCCAGUCGACAUGGCAGCAACAGCGAUGAUGGCGCCUCCUAUCGCAACACCAAUGAGCACCCCAGCGUCAUGAGCACAGCUCACACGUUGGCCGUCAAUAGCUUCGAUCGUGACGUGGAAGCUGAUGCGGACGACGACGAUGAGGAUGGACAGGACGAAGGCGAGGAGCCGGAUCAGCAAAUAACCACCUCACAGCCGGAGAGCACGAGCGGCAAUCAAACCAGCAGCGGUGUCUACUCGCGCCGCUCCUCGCAGCCAUACAAGGUGGCCAAAUAUCUGGUGGCUGUCCAUCGCAAAAUCACGCGCCACGACAGCUACUUCCUUUCCUACCACAAAACACGGCCCAGCCUCUUUGGUGUGCCCCUGCUGAUACCCAACUGUGAUGGCGGCACCCACAAGGAUCUGUAUUGCGCCGUCUGGCUGCAAGUUAGCCGGCUGCUGAGUCCUCUGCCAGCCACCACCGAACAGGCUAACCAUGCUGCCGACUGUGACGACAGCCUGGGCUAUGAUUUUCCCUUCACGCUGCGUGCAGUCAAAGCGGACGGCCUCACCUGCGCCAUCUGUCCCUGGUCGAACUUUUGUCGCGGCUGCGAAAUUCGCUGCAACAAUGACUACGUGCUUCAGGGCGCUCUGCCGCCCAUCAACUGUGUGGCCAAUAACAUAGCCACACCAAAAAUGAACGAAAAAUGCCCAUCGCUACCGAAUCUGGAGGCCAAGCGAGCACCGGAGUACACCACAUCGCUAUCCUAUACUCCAACAACAAAAUAUUUUGAAGACUUUACCAUUGCCAUCGAUUGGGACCCAACCGCGUUGCAUUUACGUUAUCAAAGCACCUUGGAGCGUCUCUGGGUCGAUCAUGAGACCAUUGCCAUAUGCCGACGGGAGCAAGUGGAGCCCGUCGAUCUGAAUCAUUGCCUACGCGCCUUUACCUCCGAGGAAAAGUUGGAGCAGUGGUACCACUGUAGCCACUGCAAGGGCAAGAAGCCAGCGACGAAGAAGCUGCAAAUAUGGAAAUUGCCACCGAUUCUGAUUGUCCAUUUGAAGCGUUUCAAUUGCGUUAACGGCAAAUGGGUUAAAUCGCAGAAGGUGGUGCACUUCCCCUUCGAUGACUUUGAUCCAACGCCUUAUUUAGCAUCAGUGCCACAGGAGACGAUACUGCGGCACAAGGAGCUGUUAGAGCUGAAGCGGGAUUUGAUUGGUAACAGCAAUGAAGUUCCUAGCGAACUGGAUGAAGUAGAUGCCAGCGACAAAGCACCAGCAGAUGCGCCCCCUCCAGCAGAUGCGCUUCCUCCAGCAGAUGCUCCCCCUCCAACAGAAGCGGCAGUAGGCGAAAAAGUGGCUACUUCAAAGGAAACACCGUCGGCCGCUGGAACCGUGCUGCGUCAGAGCAAAUCAAGCAAUGCCGCCAGGCGACAGCGCCUUAUAUCUACGAGCCUUACAAAGACGCCCAUUGUGGAUGGGGAAUUUGAGGACUAUCAUCAGCACAAGCUCCAAGCGGGUGUUGAUGAGUUCGAUCCCAAAUACAAACUGUAUGCCGUGGUGUCGCACUCUGGCAUGCUGAAUGGUGGUCAUUACAUUUCCUAUGCAUCAAAUACAACUGGUUCCUGGUAUUGCUACAAUGACAGCUCCUGUCGCGAGAUAUCGCAAAAGCCAAACAUUGAUCCGAGCGCUGCCUAUUUGCUUUUCUAUGAGCGCCAGGGUCUCGACUAUGAACCCUACCUGCCUAACAUCGAGGGACGUGCGCUGCCAAAUUCCGCCAACCUCCAGCUGGAUGUGGACGAGUCGGAGAGCGAGCUUAAGAAAUUAUGCACAAUAUCAUAAUAUUGUAUUUUUAUUGUUGCAAACUGCAGCAGCUCUACGGGGGUACGACUAAAGGCUAUGAUGGGCUCUUCAA